AUGAACUACACUGUGGGGAAUGGUUCCGGUUCGGCCUCUUGCAACUUGAUGGAGGUCUACACUUACCCAUUCUUCACCGUAACCUACUCGCUGGUCUUCCUGAUGGGCCUGGUUCUCAAUGGCUUCACGGUGCGGGUCUACUUCUGCCGAGCCCAGCGCCACCAAUCCAGCGUGACGGUAUAUCUGCAGAAUCUGGCUGCGGCAGACUUCUUCCUCAGCCUGUGUCUGCCGCUCCGCAUUGCCAACUACGCCACCCACAACUCGGCCCUCAUGCGCCACGUCUACUGCAGCUUUGGAGCCACUGCCUUCUACCUCAACAUGUACGCCAGCAUCCUCUUCAUGGACUACAUCGCAGCCAACAGGUAUUUAUUGAUAACUGAAGUGUCCGUGUCUGUCAGCCUGUAUACCAUGGAUUUGGUUGUUCUGUCUGACAGCACAGGCAAGAGGCUCUAUAAAGAGGGAGAUAGCAGUGGAAAUAAUUCAUACAAGCACCCCUGCUAGCCAGCAUAAAUGGUUGAGACAUUUUCCCAUUGUUUACGACAGAUACUGUAGGUGUUGAAUAUACAAUCUUUAUCAAAUUAAUACAAUUUGGCCAAAAUCAUAAUUUUCUUGGACUGCAAAGAGAAGAGACCAGCUGACCCUAUCAAAUGCCUUUACCAUGUCCAGUGACACAACUACAGAAGCAAUCUUGUUGGAUUUGGAUAUGUGACUCAAGUUGAAUAGUCUUCUUGUGAUGAUGUAUGAGUGUCAUCAGUGUUAGCUACCCUUCAAAUGUAUUGUUUGUUUUGCACAUUUCACAUUCAAAGGUGCACAUUUCACCUCCACCAUUCAGGUUGGUAGCCAUGUUCAUGAAUAGAACAUCAGUAAGACUCAGUAAUGAGUCAGUUCUCAAUCCCUGUCACCACUGUUAAGCCAUCCUACUGCCUACAGGUACCUGAAGAUCGUCCGUCCUCUGGAGACCCACGCCCUGCAAACGGUGCGCGCUGCCCACUACAUCUCCAUGGCAACCUGGGUCACCCUUCUAGCCUUAUCAUCUGCGUACCUGACCGUGUCCCUCCUCACCACUUGGGGCACCGAUCCCAUCCCCGGGACCAUGGGCUGUGACGCCCUCCACAGCCCCCAGCUCCUACUGCUCUACAAGAUCAUCCACAGUUUCUCGGCCGCCAUCUUCCUCUUCGUUCUGUUUUCCCUCCUCUUCCUCUACUGGGCCACCAUCCGCAGGCUGCGGCAGGUGCAGCUGAACCAGCAGAACCAUCCAUCCUGUGGAUCCAGCAGGAAACUCAGCAGCUCCAAGAGAAACAUGCUAGUUCUGGUCGCCGUGUUCUGCGUGUGCUUCGUGCCGUACCACCUGGUGCGCCUGCCCUACGCCUUCCUCCAGCCCUUCUUGCACAGGUGUGUCUGGAAGCAGGCCUUCUACUACCUGAAGGAGCUGACCGUGCUGCUGUCCGUCCUCAACGCCUGCCUGGACCCACUCAUCUACUUCAUCUUCUGUAAGGCCUUCAGGGCCCAGCUGGGCUUGAAGAUUGUUUUUAGUAAGACGACGACGACGGCACAGCAAGACAGUACAGCCCCACCGCCAGAAGCUAGGAGAAUUAGCCAGGGGAACCUGACCACCUUGACACACACCCAGACAAGGACGUCGUUCAGUAUGUCGAGACGGGGCAGUGUAAUUUAGGGCACACCACACUGCCCUCCUUCUGGACCAUGUGCCAGUACAGUUGAAUCUGUAGAAAAUGGCUGUUGUAAAGGAACUACUGUAUGUCAUUUAAUGCAUCAAAUUCAUCUGAUGCUAUACAUGUAAAACUGUUUUCCUUUGGUAGUCUGUUUACUCUAGCUAUUUUUGUAGAUAUUGUACAUUGUCUAUCUACUGUCUAUAUUUUUUAAGCAGCUCUUCUGCAUACCUAUAAAUGAUUAGAACUUUGUAUUGGGGAAAUAAAAGACUGGAACAUCCUGGAACGUAAAUACUUAUUUUGAAGCAAAGAUUUGCUAAUUUUAAAUUUGAAGUCUCUACUCAAUACAGAAUAUUAAAUGGGUUACCUAUGGGUACCCUUUGGUCUAGAUAGAACAUACAUUUGCCUGGUACUGCUAUUUUGCCUAGACCUCAGACAUAAUUUCUCCUUUAAUGAUGAACUCAGACCACAGCUUGACCUGACUAUAUCUAACCUGCGGUUUACCUUGUGAUUUAGACAGAGAAAUAUACUGCUUGGCCUUGUUUCUGUCCCCAAACUCUCUAUUCAACCUCCCUGCACACUCAUUGUCUUCUUAAUCAAUGGCUCUAGUAUUGUUGUCGACAAAAGUACAGUAUUAAAUCAUUGUGCGUUCAAUCAAUCAAUCAAAUCAUGGCUAAACGUACAGCAAACUCCAAUAAAUGAUACACAUUAAUGAAGUCCACAGUUACAAAUACUGAAUACGGAACAAAAACCCACAAUGCCCACAGGAAAACAUUCAGAUUAAAUAUGGCUCCCAAUCAGAGAUAACGAGCCGACAGCUGACACUCGUUACCUCCGAUUGGGAGUCACACGACACCACAAUUAACACACCCAAAACACAACCAACCGAAUACACCCUUACAACCAACCCCACAACAAAUACCCAACAAAACAAAUACACCCUGGCUCAAAUCCAAAAGUCCCGGAGCCAGAGUGUUACAGUACCCCCCCCUAAAGGUGCGCACUCCGGGCGCACCAGCAUACAGUCUCGGGGAGGGUCUGGGUGGGCGUCUGUCCACGGUGGCGGUUCUGGCCCUGGUCGUGGUCCCCACCCCACCUUAGUCACCACCCGCUUCCCUAGCCUCCUCCACAUGACCACCCUCCAACUUACUCCACCUGGAUUUAGGGGCAGCACCGGGCUAAGGGACAGCACCUGGCUAAGGGGCGGAUCCUGGCUGGCUGGCUCUGGCGGAUCCUGGCUGGACGGCUCAUGGCAGGCUGAAGGAUCUGGCUGCUCAUGGCUGGCUGACGGAUCUGGCUGCUCAUGGCUGGCUGACGGAUCUGGCUGCUCAUGGCUGGCCGACGGAUCUGGCUGCUCAUGGCUGGCCGACGGAUCUGGCUGCUCAUGGCUGGCCGACGGAUCUGGCUGCUCAUGGCUGGCGGAAGGCUCUGGCUGAUCCUGUCUGGCGGAAGGCUCUGGCUGAUCCUGUCUGGCAGAAGGCUCUGGCUGAUCCUGUCUGGCAGAAGGCUCUGGCUGAUCCUGUCUGGCAGAAGGCUCUGGCUGAUCCUGUCUGGCGGAAGGCUCUAGCGGCUCUGGUCUGGCGGACGGCUCUGAUGGCUCAUGGCAGACGGGCGGCUUUGCAGGCUUUAGGCAGACGGGCAGUUCAGGCGGCGUUGGGCAGACGGACAGUUCAGGCCCCGUUGGGCAGAAGGCAGACUCUGGCCGUCUGAGGCGCACCGUAGGCCUGGUGCGUGGUGCCGGAACUGGAGGUACCGGGCUGAGGACACGCAUCUCAGGGCUAGUGCGGGGAGAAGCAACAGGGCAUGCUUGGCCCUGGGGACGCACCGUAGGCCUGAUGCGUGGUGCCGGAACUGGAGGUACCGGGCUGAGGACACGCAUCUCAGGGCUAGUGCGGGGAGAAGCAACAGGGCAUGCUUGGCCCUGGGGACGCACAUAAGGCCUAGUGCGGAGAGCAGCAACAGGGCAUGCUGGACCCUGGGGACGCACAUAAGGCCUAGUGCGGAGAGCAGGAACAGGCCGGGCUGGGCUGGCGACGCGCACCGUAUCUCUGGUGCGAGAGGCCGGAACAGGCCGGGCCGGGCUGGCGAAGCGCACCGUAUCCCUGGUGCGUGGAGUAGGAACAGGCCGGGCUGGGCUGGCGACGCGCACCGUAUCCCUGGUGCGAGUGGCCGGAACAGGCCGGGCCGGGCUGGCGAAGCGCACCGUAUCCCUGGUGCGUGGAGUAGGAACAGGCCGGGCUGGGCUGGCGACGCGCACCGUAUCCCUGGUGCGAGUGGCCGGAACAGGCCGGGCUUGGCUGGCGACGCGCACCGUAGGCUUCGUAUGAGGCUCAGGAACAGGCCGGGCUGGGCUGGCGACGCGCACCGUACACUUAGUGCGAGGGGCCGGAACAGGCCGUACCGUACUGGGGACACACACUACUGGCUGUACCUCGGGAUUAGGAACGGGCCGGACCGGACUGGUUACACACCCCAGUACCUCUCGCCGUGCCUCUACACCUUCCUUCCCUGCCUUUCCCAGUCGCCCCCUUAACCUGGUAGCCUCCUGAAUCCGUCCCUUCUCUGCCUCCGUCAGCCCCCUUAACCUGGUAGCCUUCUGAAUCUGCCUUGUGGCAGCCUCCUGCUGCUCAGUCGCCCAAGCCAUGUGCCCCCCCCCAAAAACUUUUUGGGGUUGCCUCUCGUCCUUCCGACGAUGGCCCUGCCGAUGCCGUUGCUCCUCUCGCCGUCGCCUCUCCACCGUCUCGUUCCAUGGUCGGCGAUCCAUACCAUCCAGGAUCUCCUCCCAAGUCCAGGACCCUUUACCGUCCAACAGUUCCAUCCAUGUCCAGACCCUUUGCUCCUGGACGCGCUGCUUGGUCCUUUUAUGGUGGGUUAUUCUGUCACAACCGUCUUCAAAGGGAGCAGACCAAAGCGCAGCGCGUUGAGUGAACAUGACUUUAUUUGAGUAAAGACACGAACGACAAAAACAAUAAACAAAGACGGCUAGUGAAGUCCACAGUUACAAAUACUGAAUACGGAACAAAAACCCACAAUGCCCACAGGAAAACAUUCAGAUUAAAUAUGGCUCCCAAUCAGAGAUAACGAGCCGACAGCUGACACUCGUUACCUCCGAUUGGGAGUCACACGACACCACAAUUAACACACCCAAAACACAACCAACCGAAUACACCCUUACAACCAACCCCACAACAAAUACCCAACAAAACAAAUACACCCUGGCUCAAUCCAAAAGUCCCAGGUCACUGCCCUAAUUUCAAUGUGUGAUCAAAAGCACAGAUUAGGGAACAGAAAUGACACUUCUCUAUUGAGCACGUCUUACUUCUAGGCAUCUGUUCCUGUAGCAGAGAGCAGACCGCAGAAUCACACCACAGAAUGUCAUGUCCUCAAAAUGUAAAACCUUCAAAACAUGACAUAAUAGACUUGGUAUAUAGCGAAAAGCUUUUUGUUUUUGUGUGGUAUGAGGAACGCUUUUACAAGAGGAAGUCCAACAUACAGAAUGCCAAAACAAUAUUGUAGCAAAUAAUAACACCUAUUAAAGUGCAUCCUCUUUUAAAGCAUUAGCUUAUAUCUCAGUUUCUAAUGCUAAAUAGACCUGUAAUAUAGGACAUUUCAACCAAAAAUUGAAUUUGUUUCAAUCUACUGUACAAAUGGUGAGAUACUGUCAAGGAAACGUAUUCCUUAGGUACAGUGAGAUACAAAAAAUUAAAUGGUUAGACUGUUUUUCAAACUACAAAAUGGUGAGAUUCAGAAUGGAAAUCAUUUUUGGGUUCCUUCUACCGGUCACUGACUGUCUAGGAUAUGACGUCUGGGUGUAUACGCUAAAGAACUUGAACAUGAAACUCAGUGCUCACCACUUCCUGUAGUGUCUCAUUUUAAACAGACAGUGAUGUCGGUGACUCAGCUGAAAACCAACAAACAGACACAACAGAAGAGUGACAUUUAAAGUAAGGUUCUCAUUUCUAUUAAAAACAAGGUUGAUAGGUAUUGUACUAAUAUCGCUGCAGUACACUUUUUUAUGUUUUGCUGGCUCGCCUCAGUUUUCUAAACUGAUCAAAUUUGCAUGGCCUAACCACAUGGGGAUUUAUACAUUUUUUGUCAUAGGUGCAUUUUGUGUUAGACUUCCUAUUCCCCAAUUUAUGAUUACGCUUCCCACAAACUCCACUGAUGACAUUUACAUUACAUUUACAUGACGCCCUCCCUAAGUGCGUCAUCAACGAUCAGAUGGAGCCUUCCAGCGUGCUCUACAUCCUGGUCUUUCUCACCAGCAUGGCUGCCAACCUGGUAGCUCUGUGGGUGUUCGUACACAGCUACAACGCCAUGAAGAGCAUCAAUGUCUACCUGGUCAAUCUCCUGAACGUUGACCUCCUGCUCACCCUGGCCCUGCCCUUCAAGGUGGCCAAAGACCUGGGUGUGGCGCCCUGGGGCCUCAUGGUCUUCCACUGCCAGGUGAGCGCCGUGGUAAUCUACAUCAGCAUGUAUGCGUCCAUCUUCUUCCUCACCUUCAUCAGCGUUGACUGCUACAUGCAGAUCAGGUAUUAUUAUGGUUCUUUGAACUUAUUUUAAUGUUGUACUAUCGUAAAUUAUUGUGUAAGGAUUAUUAGCUAUUUUUUUGUCAAAUGUUUUUCUAGGAUUAGAGGCAUUUUAAACAGUGAUUGAUUGAUUUAUUGAUUGAUCAGCCAGAGCUCCAGACUGUUCCGUAUCCAGGAAGUGGGCUUCGCCAGGCUGAUGUCAGUGGGGGUGUGGCUACUUGUGCUCCUCAUCAUGGUUCCCAACAUGGCCCUGCCCAUCCAGGACGUCCCAGAGAGGGAGUUCCUGAGCUGCUCCAAGCUGAAGCAGAAGGUGGGACUCCACUGGCACGGCCUCGCCGUCUUCCUCUGUACCAUCCUGUUCCUCUACGCGUCCAUGGCUGUCCUCGUCUCCAAUGGUCUGGUGCUGAAGAGGCUGCUGGCGAGCAGGAAUGACCCUGAAGAGUGGCGACGUGCUCUCCGCGCCACCGUCAAUGUUGCGGCGGUGACGGCAGCGUAUGUGGCAUGCUUCGUGCCGUACCACGUGGUCCGGAUACCCUAUUUGCUAGCCCAGACCCAGGUCAUCACUCCAGACUGCCAGACCAAGAGGCACCUUUUCCUGGCCAAGGUGUCCACGUUACUGCUGGUGGUGCUGCACCUCUGCCUGGACCCUGUGCUCUACUACUACUUCUCCAAGGUAGGUCAGGGAGGUGUUCAGGAGCAGGAGGAGCAGGCGGGAUUCGAACACCAAUCCAACCCCUGA